AGAUAAGGGAGUAAUAUAGACCUUUUGUCUAGGAAAGUGCAACCAAUGGUGAGAAAUAUCUCCAAUACUAACACAAGUUGUGAAAUGCCAUUUUAACCAUAAGAUGGGGCUCAGAUUACAUAUGCUCUCUGUACACAUUUCUUCUUCUAUUACAACAACUGGAACAUUGAAAUCUAGAGAUUGCAAUGCCUUGUGUACAAGCAUUUAUCCUUGUGGUUCUACCAAGUCAAAAGAACCUGCUAGAAGAGUGCUCAAGGUAUCUUCCGCGGUUUUAGAAACAGCAGCAUCUAUUGCAGUUGCUGCUACUGUUGUAGGGGCUGCAGCAACUAUUCUUGCAAGGAGAAAUAAAGCUUCUGAAACAAUCGAGGCCCCGCUGAGAAUCUGUGAGGAUUGCGGUGGCUCUGGAGUUUGCGCAGAAUGCAGAGGGGAAGGAUUUGUCCUAAAAAAGAUGUCGGAUGAAAAUGCUGAAAGAGCAAGACUGAUGGCAAAAAAUGCAGCUACCAGAUAUACAGCAGGGCUUCCGAAAAAGUGGGGCUACUGUAUGAAAUGCAAUGCUGCCCGAUCCUGUAGUUCAUGUGGCGGCGUUGGCAAGUUGAACUAAUAGUUUUUCAUCGGACAGACAUUGCCACAAUACAAAUUCAAUUGUGUCUCAGUAUCGUCUUCAUCAGAAACAGAUUGUGGCAAUGCACUUGGAAGAGAAAUGAAGAAUAUAUAGAGUAAUAUUCCUGUUACUUUAUAGGCUUAAUACAUAUUCAAAUACUUUAUCAAACAUUCAGGCCUCGGUUUGUACUUAAUGAAAGUCUGAAUUUGAAUGAUUCAGACAUUAGAUUAUUAAGUACAUUUGUUUUCAUUAAGAUUUUAAGCACUUAGGGAUCGUUUGGUAGGGUGUAUUUGGAGAUAUAGGCCAUGGAUUAUGCAUGGUACUAUUUAGUACUAUAUUUGGUGGAAAUUUUGGAUCUA